AUGACGUCGUCACGAAUGCUUAUCAUUUGUUUUACAGUAUCAAAUAUAAUAUUUAAUCUAAAUGCGCAAUAUAUUGGCACACCAGAUAUAACAACUAAUAUUACAGCUGUAUUAAAACAUUCACUUGAAUUAAAAUGUGAAUAUAAAGGUGUGGAUGGUAAUGGUCAAUUUGUUGGAUGGUAUAAAGAUGGUGUAGCUGUAAGUACUGAAAAGCCCGGUCAUUAUGCGGUUAUACACAAUGAAACACAUUCAAUUCUUACAAUAAGAAUUUUCGUAAAAUCUGAUUCAGAUGUUAAAGUUUGGCAAGUUAAAACAAACAAAAUGGAUAAUGAAGAACCAAGUCAAUGUCGAUUUGGUCCAAUAUUACUUAAACCAUCACCACAAGGUAUAGAAACAAAUCGACCUAAUGAAAAAAUUGAUUCUACUCAUGGAUCAAUACGUCGUAGUGAAGAUAAAUCAGUUCAUUUAAAAUGUAUUAUUGAACCUAAACAAGAUAAUCCAAAUGAUAUUAAUAUUCAAUGGAAAUUUAGUAAAGAUGGUCAUUCAUUUUCUAGUUUACCGUCAGGAAUUAAUAUAAUAGAUAAUCAAUUAAUCAUUGAAAAAGUUAAAAAAAAUCAUAAUGGUUAUUAUCAUUGUUCACUCAAUGAUGUUUCAUUUACAGUUUUAUUACGUGUUAAAGAUCGAUUAGCAGCACUUUGGCCAUUUAUUGGUAUUGUAAGUGUUGUUCUUGUUCUUGUAAUUAUUAUCUUAAUUUUUGAAAAACGUCAAAAAUCAAACAAGAAAAAUUCUUCAGAUGAUGAUGAACAAGAUCAAGCAAAUGAUCCACUUGUACGAACAACAACAAAUAUGUCAGAAAAUGAUAAUAAAAAACGUGCAGCUAAUGCAUAA